AAUAUAGAUCCGGCAAGAGCUUAGCUGUGAUCACUCCUAGCUGCUCAGCAAACCACUGAGGUUCCUGGGAAAAAAAAAAUAUCUCAAGGGUGUGUUAACUUGGGACACUUGUUAACUGGGGGACCUUCUGGAGGCUUUUUUCCUUCUUUUUAAAAAUCAUCUUUGAUUAUUCUUCUUUUCUAGUAAAAUAAUAUUUAGAAAAAAUAAUGUCAGAGCACGGCAGAAAUUCAGAUCAAGAAGAACUUCUCGAUGAGGAGAUUAAUGAAGAUGAAAUCUUGGCCAACUUGUCUGCUGAAGAGCUGAAAGAACUGCAGUCGGAAAUGGAAGUCAUGGCCCCUGACCCCAGCCUUCCCGUGGGAAUGAUUCAGAAAGAUCAAACUGACAAGCCACCGACAGGAAACUUCAAUCAUAAAUCUCUUGUUGAUUAUAUGUAUUGGGAAAAGGCAUCCAGGCGCAUGUUGGAAGAUGAACGAGUUCCUGUCACCUUUGUGAAAUCCGAGGAAAAGACUCAAGAAGAGCAUGAAGAAAUAGACAAACGUAAUAAAAAUAUGGCCCAGUAUUUAAAAGAAAAGCUCAAUAAUGAAAUAGUUGCAAAUAAAAGAGAAUCAAAGGGCAGCAGCAAUGUCCAAGAAACAGAUGAUGAAGAAGAUGAAGAAGAUGAUGAUGAUGACGACGAAGGAGAAGAUGAUGGUGAAGAGAGUGAAGAAACGAACAGAGAAGAGGAAGGCAAAGCAAAAGAACAAAUUAGAAAUUGUGAGAACAACUGCCAGCAGGUAACUGACAAAGCAUUCAAAGAACAGAGAGACAGACCAGAAGUCCAAGAACAAAGUGAGAAAAAAAUAUCAAAAUUAGAUCCUAAGAAGUUAGCUCUAGAUACCAGCUUUUUGAAGGUAAGUGCAAGGCCUUCAGGAAACCAGACAGACCUGGAUGGGAGCUUGCGGAGAGUUAGGAAAAAUGAUCCUGACAUGAAGGAACUCAACCUGAACAACAUUGAAAACAUCCCCAAAGAAAUGUUACUGGACUUUGUCAAUGCAAUGAAGAAAAACAAGCACAUCAAAACAUUCAGUUUAGCCAAUGUGGGUGCAGAUGAAAAUGUAGCAUUUGCCUUGGCUAACAUGUUGCGUGAAAAUAGAAGCAUCACCACUCUCAACAUCGAGUCCAAUUUCAUCACAGGUAAAGGGAUUGUGGCCAUCAUGAGGUGUCUCCAGUUUAAUGAGACACUAACUGAGCUUCGGUUUCACAAUCAGAGGCACAUGUUGGGUCACCAUGCUGAAAUGGAAAUAGCCAGGCUUUUGAAGGCAAACAACACUCUCCUGAAGAUGGGCUACCAUUUUGAGCUUCCGGGUCCCAGAAUGGUGGUCACUAAUCUGCUCACCAGGAAUCAGGAUAAACAAAGGCAGAAACGACGGGAAGAGCAAAAACAGCAGCAACUCAAGGAACAGAAGAAGCUGAUAGCCAUGUUAGAGAAUGGGUUGGGGCUGCCCCCUGGGAUGUGGGAGAUGUUGGGAGGACCCAUGCCAGAUUCCAGAAUGCAGGAGUUCUUCCAGCCACUGCCGCCUCGGCCUCCCAACCCCCAAAACAUCCCCUUUAGUCAACGCAGUGAAAUGAAAAAGCCAUCGCAGGCGCCGCUGUACAGGACAGACCCUGACUCCUUCCGGGUGGUGAAGCUGAAGAGAAUCCAGCGCAAAUCUCGGAUGCCAGAAGCCAGAGAACCACCAGAGAAAACCAACCUCAAAGAUGUCAUCAAAACGCUCAAGCCAGUGCCAAAAAACAGGCCACCCCCAUUGGUGGAAAUCACUCCCAGAGAUCAGCUUCUAAACGACAUUCGUCACAGCAAUGUCGCCUAUCUUAAACCUGUGCAACUGCCAAAAGAACUGGCGUAAGAGGCAACAGAGUCAUCUAGAAGAACAAGAAAUGGAAAUAGUGACUCUUGGAUUACAGCAUGGAGACUAUGUCAGCAGCAAUACUUUAGGAUCCACGUGGCAGAACUGGGAACAAUGCUACCAUCUGAUAAGGGUAUUUGUAAAAGGCAGAAUGUUUGGGCCAUGAAGAAGUAGGGGCUGAAGAGGAAGGUGGAAGGAGAUAAAAUAUAAUAUUCAGAGGCAAUAUUUUCUACUUGCAAUCAAUUUGUGUGACUUAGGUGAAAUUUAGAGUCGUAUUUCCAGAAGCAGAAGUUAAAAACAAAAUUUUAAACAUUUGCUUUAUUAUUGUUUUCUUCUGGUAAAUAAUAAAUAUAACAGAAGUGUUAACUAUUGUAUUCCCAUUUUUUUCUCCUUCCAUCUCUUCUGCUGUAAUUCAUCACAUAGUAUCUUAAAGGGAACAAAUAAUGUUCCAUCCUAUGGAAAUGUGAAGGAUGAAUUGAGCUCCUGGCCCUUCUGAUGCUUUGAAAUGAAAGGAUUGUUCCUUAGAGCUUCUCUGCAGAAUCAGUGGAGAUUUUCAGUUUCCUACCCUGUCUGGCUUUCUCUCUUGGCGAUUCCCUUGGUGUUUUGGAGUAUUCUUUCUAUGGGGGUACCUGUGAGGGGCAGAACAUGUAAGCCACAGAACAUGGCGAAAACUAAGUGUCACUAGGCAAAGUAAUGGGAAAGUAAACCCUGCAUAUAUGAAAACUUCCUGGCAGCAAGUUUUCAUAUAUAGAGGGACAAUGGGAGACAGCAUGCUGUUUUUAUAGAAAAAAAGUUUUACAUAAUAUAGUUAUUGACAAGCUUUUGGUUUUGGCUAAAUACACACACACACACACACACAAACACACACACACUCAUAUAUGUUCACUCUGUAAGUCUAAUUUGUUUUUAUUGCUCUCAAACAUAUUUUAAAGGAAACUUGCUUACAGGAUUAAACUUGAACUACUUAUCCUAUUCGUUAAGGCACUACUUUGCCUGGCCCCAAUUUACUAAUCCUGUCUCAUCUCCCACAAAUUCUGUAUACUCCUCUUAAUGAAACAUCCUUGUGCACACCCUUAUGCCUUUGCUCACAUUAACCCUUCCAAGAGACUUGCUUCCUGUUCUCCAUUAAUGAACGUCCUACCCAGUCCUCAACUCCCAGGUCAGGUCCUGUGUCCUCCAUAAAAAACUUUCCAGACAACUCCAAUCUGUCCUUCUUCCAAGUUCCUAGAGGCCUUAAUUAUUCAUUCUAGCCACUAGGUGCAUAGAAUUUGAGACUUUUGUAAUAAUAGAAGUAGUGUGAACCCUAGAAAUUAGAAAAUCAAGCUUUGGGCCAGGCGCGGUGGCUCACGCCUGUAAUCCCAGCACUAUGGGAGGCCGGGGAGGGCAGAUCUCCAGAGAUCAGGAGUUCGAGACCAGCCUGGCCAACAUGGUGAAACCCCGUCUGUACUAAAAAUACAAAAAUUAGCGGGGCAUGAUGGCAGGCACCUGUAAUCCCAGCUACUCGGGAGGCUGAGGCAAGAGAAUUGCUUGAACUGGGGAGGCAGAGGUUGCAGUGAGCCAAUAUCGCGUCACUGUACUCCAGCCUGGGUGACAGAGUGAUACUCCAUCUCAAAAAAAGAAAUAAAAAUAAAAAGCUUUGGUGCCUUUUCUCUCUUUACCUGAGUAAAUAAUUGGCACCUGCCUUCUUUCUCCUUUUAUGUUAUCAUAAGUGGCAUGUAUCAAACCAAACAGGCUAGGGGAGAAUAGGUCUAAUUGGGACAAGCUUAAAAACAACACAUUAUUUGGAAAGACAAGCCAUGGGAAAGAAAUAUGGUGUUUCUAUUUUUUUUUUAAGAUAAUUUAGUAUGUACAAAAGUAUCCAAAUUUAAAUAUAGUUUUCAAUGGCUGAUAGUUUUGUUUUCUCACCCUUCAAUAUUUCUAGAAAACAUCCUUGCAUACAAAGCAGGAGAGCUAAGAAAGGGCUGUAACAAACAAAACUUUAAGUGCCUAGCACAUACUACAUCUAAGAGGCUAAACUCUGAUAGGAAAAGCACUUUAAACAUAAUUAAAAGCUUAAUGUAAAUUAGUAGUUGAAAUUCUAGGCCAGCACAGUGGCUCAUGCCUGUAAUCCCAGCACUUUAGGAGGCUGAGGUGGGUGAAUCACAUGAGGUCAGGAGUUCAAGACCAGCCUGACCAACAUGGUGAAACCUGGUUUCUACUAAAAAAAAAAAAAAAAAAAAUUAGCUGGGCAUGGUAGCUUAUGCCUGUAAUCCCAGCUACUUGGGAGGCAGGAGAAUCGUGUGAACAUGGGAGGCGGAGGUUGCAGUGAGCUGAGAUUGCGCCAUUGCACUCCAGCCUGGGCAACAAGACCGAAACCUCAUCUCAAAAAAAAAAAAAAAAUUCUAGAAAGCUCCUACGCAUUUGUUUGUAUAGCCACAGUAUUAAUAAAGUCAGGAAUUUCAAAAUGUGCUGUAAGAGGGUUUUUAUCUUAGAUAUACAAGAAGAAAAGAUCCAAUUUCAUGGCUUAUGGCCUCAAUACACAGGUUUUGCCAAAAGAGGUGAAGCAGUUCACAUUAUUCUUUUUCUACCACCCAACCCUAAAGAUCUUAGUUGCAGGUUUUAGCUUGUUUUUCAAAUGUAAUCAUAAUUUACAACAUUUAUAUGUUACAUUUUUCUAUUAUUACCCUUCCAGAAUUGACCACUGGCCAUUGGUAAUUACAAGUACCUUUUUUUUUAUUAGUUUCUCCAAAUUUAUUGUAUUUUGUCAGCAGAAUUCACCUUGUAGAAAAUGGAAGGGGCUAACAUGUAUAUAAAACUCAUGCCAGGUUUAAAAAUAGGAUCCCACUAGAAUUGUUUUAUUCUGGCUGCAAGUUAAUAAAGUAUUCAAGCUUUACUAAACAGUAUUUGAAACAGCUGAAGUGUUUGCUUCACUGUUUAUAGGGUCAUCGCCAAGUUUCUCAGGUAUUUAAGACAGAUGUGCAUUAAAUAAAGUCUCACCAAAAAAACCUUUAAUCAAUUUUAUUCUUCAUAUUUGGGUAAGGGUACAGAUUCUAGACCAUGUCUGUGAAGUCAUGGUGAUAUCACUGUGCUAAAGAUUGUGGCUGUAGGUUGGCUGAGAAUUUAAAAUGCAAGAAAAA